ACGUGUGUUGCAGCCUUUUGUUGGGGAAAAGAGAGUUUUGGUGAUGAUAGCACAAGAGACGCACAAGAAGCAAAGCAGAAGACUAAAUUGGAACACAAGAUUGGAAUUUGGAGGAGAGGGUGAUGCCGACCUCCGACGACUGCUCCGAACCCCCGCCUCUCAGCCCUUCCGCCGCCGCCGCAGAGCCUCUCAGCCGCAGCAUCUUUCCCCUGUCUAGCCCAGCGGUCUCCGCCCCCCGCCGCGCCUCCCUUUCUUCCUUGAUCGCGGACUCACCUCCCCAGGACGAUUCAGUCGUCCGCGAGCGAAAUCUUGCUCUCCCCUCCUCUCCUGGCCAUGCCAGCCGGAUUGCGGCGCCCCCCGACGUUUUCUUCGAGCCGAUGCUAAGCCUCUCCGACGCCAAAGACGACUGCUUGAGCUUCGUCACCGCUAGGGUCAGCCAUGGUACCGCUUGCAGCGUCGGCGCCCGCUCUACGGUCAGCGAUUUUCAAGACGAGGACAGCCGGCGGAACCCUGACUCGAGCGGCGACGACGAUGCGGACGAUGAAUGCAGCAGCAGCAGCAGUUGGUGCAGUGGCUGGAGCAGCACUGCCGGCGGCUGGUGGGCGAAAAAGCCGCACCAGGCGAAUGAUGGGCGGUGGGACGCCAUCCGCGCUGUUAGCAUACGUGACGGACGUCUUGGAUUAGGGCACUUCAGGCUCUUGGAAAGGCUUGGGAGCGGGGACAUCGGUUGUGUAUACCUCGCCGAGUUGAGGGGAAAAGGAAGCCCCCUGUUCGCUGUGAAGGUGAUGGACAAGGCGGCGCUUGUGAGCCGCAAGAAGCUGAGCAGGGCGCAGACGGAGAGGGAGAUUCUGCAAUGUCUUGACCACCCGUUCUUGCCGACCCUCUAUGCACACUUUGAGACUGAGAAUUUUUCUUGCUUGGUGAUGGAGUUCUACUCCGGCGGCGAUCUCCGCUACCUCCAGCAAAGGCGACCUGGAAAAUGCUUCACUGAGACUGCUGCAAGGUUUUAUGUUGCUGAAGUUCUUCUUGCUUUGGAGUACCUUCACAUGCUUGGGAUAAUUUAUAGAGAUCUCAAGCCAGAGAAUGUAUUGGUAAGAGAUGAUGGACACAUAGUGCUAUCUGAUUUUGAUCUCUCUUUAAGGUGUGCGGUUUUUCCCACUCUGGUGAAAUCCACGAAGAGUAGUGGAAGACACAGUCAACCUUCUUGUAUUGAACCCAGUUGCAUGAAGCACUCAUGUCUGCAGCCUACUUGCUUCUCACCACAUCUGCCGGGUGUCAGGAGAUCCAAGGCAAGCAAAGCAUGCACAACUGAUGUUGGAAAACCGCAUCAAACACUUCCCGUGCUAAUCGCGGAGCCCUCAAGUGCCCAUUCCAUGUCCUUUGUGGGGACUCAUGAAUAUUUAGCACCUGAGAUCAUCAAAGGUGAAGGGCAUGGUAGUGCUGUGGAUUGGUGGAGCUUUGGGAUACUUCUCUACGAGCUUCUGUUUGGAAAGACACCAUUUAAAGGGUCUGGAAACCGUGCUACCUUGUUCAACGUGGUGGGAGAGCCACUAGAGUUCCCUGAGUUUCCUACUAUCAGUUUUGCAGCACGAGAUCUGAUCAAAGGCCUGCUUGUGAAAGAGCCCCAGCAAAGGCUUGCUUAUAGGCAUGGCACUGCGGAGUUGAAGCAACAUCCUUUUUUUCAGAGCAUUAAUUGGGCACUUAUACGGUGUGAAAGCCCACCAGAUGUGCCAAAGAUGAAUAAGUUUAAAGUUGGCACAAGCGGUGAUUUUACAGUCACAGUUAAUGGGAAUAUGGUGGGAGUGAAUGUGAAACCAUCCGGCAAAUAUCUAGACAUGGAUUUUUUUUAACUUAGAGAUCCUUCUAUAUUGUGCGUGUGUUUUUUUUUCUCCCACGAUUUAUCUUUGCAGUCUGCGCCCAAAAAGGUUCUAAGGAGAUGACUUUGCUGUGAUAAGUGGGUGAAUUAUGUUGACUUGCUAUCAUGGAACUGUUUUAGGGAUCAGGGAACAGAUUCAUUGCUUGAGGUUCAACAUUUUCAAAGAAAAAGGAAAAAGUGCAGCUCUUCAACCAUGAAAAGUUGUCAUUAGAAUCUCUGUACAGAAAUCUGCAGAGCAGAUUUGUGCUAAUUGUUCCUUGAUUAUUCUCUACCCAAUGACAACUGCUACUUGUGAAUCUGAAACAUAUAGAAACUCAGCAGAACGAUAGCACCAAGCUGCAUAGUGCAAGACUGCAGACUGCUAUGAAGAAGGAUUUCUGCAGUUCUAGCUCAGUUUGAGUUGAGUUGAUCACCGUGUCGCAAUUGUCAUUACUUUACUGUUUUGUUCCUUUUUUUUUUUUUUUUGUUUCACUCGCUAUUUGUAGAUCGAGUUCAUUGUAUAUUGAGAUUGUAGUUAAGAACUAAUUAGUUGUAAUUAAGUGCAAUCGGCCAGUACUA